AUGGACCCAACGCGCCCAUUCUGUUCAAAGCGAUUUGGAAAAAAGCUGAAUCUAAAACACUGGCGCGAGUACCAAUGUGACCAGAAAAUGAUGAUAGAAACUGCACUCAAUAAGCUCAAGGAUAUAAACAGUUCUAACAUUUCCCCUUUCUGGGAAGAGCAACUUCGUGUCAUUGUCGCAGAGGGCGAGCUACUUGCUGGGCGAAAAUCGCGGCUUCACAAAUUCAGAAUCAUGAUUGAGAAGCCGGAAGAUGUCGAAGUUGGUUUAGGCAUUGCCACAGAAGACGAUCUCAAGGGAUCGUACUGGGAAGCACAGAUCGGCCCGGUCGUUACCGACUGGAGCGCCAAGUCGAACUGGCUUCUCCGCGCGUCAGAGCUAAACUUCCCGGAGACAGAAAAAGACUCCAUGCCCAAGACCAACAUCGGCCAGUCGCCAGCCAAGCCACGGGUCAAGCCCAUCGACCAUUUAGGUCGAAGAGAGUCGGAAAAGGACCCAGAAAAGGCAGCUCUCGCCGCGAAAAAGAAGGCAGAGCAAAAGAAAAAGCUCUUGCAGCGAAAAAGGCUGCAGAGGAGAGACGCAGAAAGAUGA